AUGCACCCGGCCGGGCUCUGCGCGGCCUCGCUGGGCUCCCUGGGGCUGCUGCGGUUCCUGGGCGCGCCGUGGCCGUGGAGCCUGGCGGCCCCGCUCGCGCUCUGCCUGUGCGGCGGCGGCUGGCGGCUGCUGCGGCUGCUCUGCAGGACGGCUCCGCGGGACCUCUUCGGCCUCUGGGUGCUGCUACGGGUCAAGUACCAGCUGCGAAAGCAUCAGCGAGCGCAGAGCACCGUCCCCAAGAUGUUCCAGGACGUCGUCCUCAGGCACCCCGACAAAGUGGCCCUCAUUUACGAAGGCACCGGGGAGCAGUGGACCUUCAGGAGGCUGGAGGAGUACUCCAACGCCGUGGCUAACUGCUGCUCCCAGCAGGGCUUCCGCGGGGGGGACGUCAUCGCCGUCUUCAUGGAGAGCCGCCCCGAGUUCGUUGGCCUCUGGCUGGGGAUGGCAAAGGUGGGCAUCGAGGCGGCUCUCAUCAACUUCAACCUGCGCCUGGAUUCCCUGGUUUACUGCGUGAGGAGCUCGGGGGCCAAAGCGAUCGUCUUUGGAGGGGAGCUCUCCUCAGCAAUAUCUGAAGUGAGCGGGAUGCUGGGGAAGAACAUGGCCAAGUUCUGCUCUGGUGACUACAACCCAGCUCUCGUUCCUGUGGAGACCAGACAUCUCGAUCCUCUCCUGAGCACUGCGUCCAAGUCAGCCCCAGCUCAGAUUCCAGGCAAAGGCUUAGAUGAUCGGCUCUUCUAUAUCUACACUUCAGGAACAACAGGAAUGCCCAAAGCUGCCAUUGUGGUGCACAGCAGGUACUACCGCAUCGCUGCCUUUGGUUACUACGCCUACAAAAUGCACCCGGACGAUGUCCUCUACAACUGCCUCCCCCUCUACCACUCUGCAGGGAACAUCAUGGGAAUCGGGCAGUGCCUCAUCCACGGCCUCACCGUGGUCAUCAGGAAGAAGUUCUCAGCCAGCCGCUUCUGGGAUGACUGCGUCAAGUACAGAUGCACGAUCAUUCAGUACAUCGGGGAGAUCUGCAGGUACCUCCUGAACCAGCCCGUCCGCGAGGCGGAGGCCCAGCACCGCGUGCGCCUGGCCGUGGGCAACGGCCUCAGGCCCAGCAUCUGGGAGGACUUCAGCAGGCGCUUCCGCAUCAAGCAGAUUGGAGAGUUCUACGGGGCCACCGAGUGCAACUGCAGCAUUGCCAACCUGGAUGGGAAGGUUGGGGCUUGCGGUUUCAACAGCCGGAUUUUGCCCGGUGUCUAUCCCAUUUGGUUGGUGAAGGUCAACGAGGACACGAUGGAGCUGAUCCGGGAUUCCCAGGGGCUCUGUGUUCCCUGUCGCCCAGGAGAGCCGGGCUUGCUCGUGGGCCAGAUCAACCAGCAGGAUCCCCUGCGCCGCUUCGACGGCUACGUCAACCAGAGUGCCACCAGCAAGAAGAUUGCUUCCAACGUGCUCCGCAAAGGAGACCAGGCCUACCUGUCCGGAGACGUUUUGGUGAUGGACGACCUGGGCUACAUGUACUUCAGGGACCGCAGCGGGGACACCUUCCGGUGGCGUGGGGAGAACGUCUCCACCACCGAGGUGGAAGGGACCUUGAGCCGCAUCCUCGACCAGACGGACGUGGCCGUGUAUGGGGUGCAGGUCCCAGGCGUGGAAGGCAAAGCUGGGAUGGCAGCAAUUGCAGAUCCCCAGGCUAAGGUCAGCCCCAACGCCCUCUACCAGGAGCUGCAGAAGGUGCUGCCUCCCUACGCCCGGCCCGUCUUCCUCCGGCUCCUACCGCAGGUUGACACCACAGGUACCUUUAAGAUCCAGAAAACCCGCUUGCAGACGGAGGGAUUCGACCCGCACCAAACCUCGGACCGCUUGUAUUUCCUGGACGUGAAGCUGGGCAGAUACGUGCCUCUGGACGAGCACCUUUACGAGCGGAUCCGGGCCGGGAAGGCUGCCCUGUGA